ACCAUUAUCAUCUCUAAGAAAAAAAGAAAAAAAAAAUAGCAACAAUCACAUCAACACCAUUGAUACAUUACAUAUACACCACAAUGAAGGUUUCAGUCUCGGGAAAGCUCUUCACAGUAGGGUUGAUAAGUUUCUGGUACGCCUCCAACAUAGGAGUGUUGCUGCUGAACAAGUACCUUCUGAGCAACCACGGUUUCAGGUACCCUAUAUUCCUAACACUGUGCCACAUGAUGGCUUGCUCAAUUCUCAGCUACGUUGCCAUUGCAUGGCUCAAGAUGGUGCCCAUGCAAACGGUGCGUUCGAGGGUGCAGUUUGUGAAGAUAUCGUCGCUGGGACUCAUAUUCUGCUUGUCCGUGGUUGGGGGCAACAUCUCCCUCCGCUACCUACCGGUGUCGUUCAACCAGGCCGUCGGCGCUACCACGCCGUUCUUCACGGCGGUGUUCGCCUAUUUGAUGACCCUCCGGAGGGAGGGUUGGCUCACGUAUGUCACACUCCUCCCGGUUGUCGCUGGUGUUAUUAUUGCUAGUGGGGGAGAACCGAGUUUUCAUCUAUUUGGAUUCAUAAUGUGCAUCGCAGCUACAGCAGCCAGGGCACUCAAAACAGUGCUUCAAGGGGUCUUGCUGUCUUCUGAAGGGGAAAAGCUCAAUUCUAUGAACCUUCUUAUGUACAUGGCACCAGUGGCUGUUGCAUUCCUUCUUCCAACUUCAAUCAUAAUGGAGGAAGAUGUAAUUGGAAUCACAAUUUCACUUGCUAGAGAGGACUCAAGCAUUUUGUGGUUGCUUAUGUUCAAUUCUGCAUUGGCAUAUUUUGUCAAUUUGACCAAUUUCUUAGUCACAAAGCACACCAGCGCAUUAACACUUCAGGUGCUAGGAAAUGCAAAGGGAGCUGUGGCAGUUGUUAUCUCCAUUUUGAUAUUCCGAAAUCCUGUAUCAGUGACUGGAAUGUGUGGAUAUUCUCUCACAGUCAUUGGAGUCAUCCUAUAUAGUGAAGCCAAGAAACGGGGUAAAUAAAAGUGAAAAAUGCAUCCAUUGACUCUUAAAACUGCUGAUGCAACUAUAGGAAAGAUUUAAUCUUCUGAUUCAUUGAAAGUAUAAAAAUUUUGCCCCUUCAGCCAAAGUUCAAUCGUAUUUAGUCAAAUUUUUUAAGAAAAAGUUGGAAAGUAUUUUGCCUUAGCAAUCAUCAGCAGUGAAGUGAAUCAGCCUAUGGGCGAAGUUAGUGCUCGGGCUUGAAAUGUGUAGGAAUCAGUGGACUGGAGAAAGAACUUAAUUUGUUGUAGCAUUUGCCUUCG